AUUCACGGUAAUUGUUAGUAGUGGUAGAAGUAGUCAGUAGUGUAUCAAACAAUCGAUUCAAAGCCAGACACGGCUUACACUAUCGUCCAAAAGCACGAUGGAUCUGCCAUCUGUAAUGAGCAUCAAGCCUGAGCCAAGGAAAGCCUCUAGCUUCCAAUACAGCCAAGCACGCACGCACGCAAGCAAGUAAGAAGUGUGGGAGACCGAGCACGAACGAUGAGGGGCCUUCCCAAUCAGCCACCCGCGCAGGCCGCCCUGCGCAGGCGCACAAAUAAACAAAAAACAGACCCAGUAAGCAAGCAAGUCAACAGUGAUCGCUUCAUGGUGACAACUUUCCUACUGUCCCUUCCUUUCCAAUUGGUUUCUCUGAGCUUCCAACCCAGAAGCUAUAGACACAACAGACCACAGAAAACAAGGAGGAAAAAUAAGAACGCAAAACAAAAACACAAACAAACACAGACAGAGAACAGAGAGCGAGGAAAAAACAACAAAGACUGCCCCUGUCCCAGAAGCAAGCAAGCAACCAAGCAACCUGUAGGUGACCGCCGCAAGAGUAGCGGCAGUCUGCAGCAAGAUGACGCCAUUGGCUCCCCCUUGCUCCCGAAAUUGUGGAAAACCGAUAAAAAGCAUGGCUAUCGUGUCGCGGUUUACGCCGAGGUGUCAGUCGAGCAGUAGUGUGCGUGACAGCGUCGCGCGCGUGUGCGCACCCAUGCCCCACGCCGGAGUAAGAUACAGUUUGGCGAGCAGAUUUCUCGCAGUCGUGAGUUGAGAGCUCGGUACGCCGCCACGUGUGCCAGACGCCGAUGAUGGUACAGUUGAAUGACGGUGGAAUGCGCGUAAAGGUACAAAUGACGGGAAGGUGCAAUAGAGAUUGUAAAU